AUGUCGCUGCUUCGCUCGUUUGCCAGGCCCGCUGCGUUCAGAACAGCAUUCCGUGUACGACCAACGACUGCUACAGCCACUGGACACUGGCAGCGAUGGCAGAUGGCGUCCAACAACCUGCCUCGACAUGCGACUUACUCGUCUGAAGCCGGGUUGAGCAAAGAAGAGGUCGAAGCGCGCGUGCUCGAUGUGUUCAAAGGGUUUGAAAAAGUAGACCCAAGCAAACUCACGCUCGCCGCAAGAUUUAAAGAAGAUUUGGCGCUUGAUAGUCUGGAUGCGGUCGAGGUCGUCAUGGCCGUUGAAGAGGAGUUUUCUAUCGAAAUACCGGAUGCUGAAGCGGAUGAGAUCACGACCGUCAAGCAAGCGGUGGAUUAUAUUCUGCAAUCACCCGAAGACUCUGUACUCGUCGUCGACACGCCGCUGCUAGAGACGGGAUGCAUCCUAGGAGAAGGGCCGCUAUACGAACCGUCUACGGGCAUCCUUCAUUUUGUGGACAUCAAGCGAUGUCGCGUCUAUCACUACGACACCAACAGCCACUCUAUAGAGUUUGACGAGUUUGAAGAGCCCGUUACGGCGCUGGCACUCCGUCAAGAUGGUCUCGCGUGUGUGACGGCCACAGGAUUUGCACUGAUCGAGAAAGAUUCAGAAUCCAAGCCGACGCUCACCUACCUGAGUCAGCCUCUGUCUGAGAGGGAGCGCAAGUAUACACGGCUCAAUGACGGUGCCUGCGAUGCCAGAGGACGAUUUCUCGCUGGGACUCUCGAGUCGAAAGCGCCUGGAAACGAAUUUGGUGGUGUACUCUAUCAAUAUGAUCCAGCAACUGGUUUGGCAAGGGUGCUCGACGAUUCAGAGGAUAUUACAGACGGCAAUGGCCUUGGUUGGAGCGAGGACAAUUCGACAUUGUACUUUACGAGCUCGUGCGCCAAUCUCAUCUACGCGUACGACUAUAAUCUAGAAGAUGGCUCUGUGUCGAACCGCAGAGUGUUUAUAGACGGGCCGUCUCUGGGGCUUAAUGCGCCGUCGUUUUGCGAUGGCCUGUGCAUUGACAGCGAGGGGUGUAUCUGGUCCGCACGAUGGGCAGGCUCCAAGAUUGUGCGGUUCAGCAAAGAAGGCAGGAUUAUCUUUGAGAUUCAGUUUCCAAAGGUGUUUAGUGUGACUGCAUUGACGUUUGGUGGGCCAGAGAAUGACUGGCUCUUUGUCACGACUGCGCAUCCGUCUGUGGCAGGCGUUGCGGACAGUGACAAAGUAUUUGCAGAGUAUCCAGACUCGGGACAUUUGUUCAAGAUUGACUUUCAGGGUCGGUUCAAAGGCGGGGUUUGGCGUCAUUCGUUUGGGACGAUAGACGUAGCUAUUUGA